AUGGAUCACGCAAAUCUGUGGACCCGGAGAUCAAACACAAGCAGCAAGCUGUCCCUGUCCACAUCCGGCGACAAGGACGGUGGCGCCAAACUGGAUCUCCCCCGCAACAACCAUUCAUCGAAGCGAUUCGGGCCCGACAGCUCUCACGGACGUGCUAAUCCUUUCAACGCCAUAUCUCCUCUCUCUGGCGGCGGCGUCUCCUCCCCGGGCGCCAGUGCGUCAAGCGCAUUUGGCCUCGGGUCCGGAGCUUUUGCCUCGUUCGGCUCCUCUGCCAAAAACCCCAAAACCCCCGGAGGCACCGAGCUGAAACGUGAAGGGAACGAUCCAGACGCGGUUAUAGAUAACAAAGUCAGAUCGAAAGCUUCCUCGUCAUCGAUAGAUGCGACGUCCGGUGCCGCCGACAAGGGUCACCCGCUGAAGUCGAUCUGGAUCAUCUGGUACCGCCCGCCCACUCCCAAAUAUUCCGACUAUGAGAAAUCAACGACUGCCCUUGCGUCGAUAUCGUCCGCGGAGAGCUUCUGGAGUAUUUACUCUCAUCUAAAGCGCCCCUCCCUCCUGCCUACGGUAUCUGAUUAUCACAUCUUCAAAAAGGGUAUCCGCCCCGUGUGGGAGGAUGAGGCGAAUAAGCGCGGUGGCAAAUGGAUCAUUCGCUUGAAAAAGGGCGUUGCUGAUCGGUAUUGGGAGGACCUUCUCCUGGCUAUGGUUGGUGACCAGUUCGCCGAGGCCGGCGAUGAGGUCUGCGGCGCAGUCCUCAGUGUCCGGAGUGGGGAGGAUGUCAUGAGCAUAUGGACCCGAAUUGACGGCGGCAGGAAUAUCAAGAUUCGGGAAACUAUCAAACGUUUACUAGCCUUGCCAGCCGACACCAACAUUGUCUGGAAAAGUCACGACGACAGUAUUGCCCAGCGCUCGGCCAUCGACCACGCCCGACAAGAGAAGGCAACAAACCACCAUCACGGGUAUCACGGGACCGGCGAGCGCCGGAGGACCGGUACCAACGACGAUUCUCUUGCGGACCGGGGAAAAGCGACAGCGUCUUGA